AUGCUCCUGGGCGCCUCGUUUGUGCUGCAGCUGGUCAACUCCCUGUCGGUGCCGAUCAUCCGCGGCCUGAGUUUCCUGGACUUCGGCCUCGUUUCACAGGGCAAUGAAGGCGAGUUUCACUUUGGUAUAUGGGGCUGGUGCUCGCAGCAGACGGGGCGCGCGACGGCAUGCCUCCGCACCGGCCCCGGAGACUACGAUGCGUUUCUGAGCAGUUUGCAGAAGACGCUGGCGCCGCGCUCGGUGCCGUACCAGGAUCCGUUCCUCGGCCAUCUCGCGCAGGCUCUGGUCCUGCAGCCUAUCGCAGCGGGCUUCACGGGUCUCGCAGCCGGCGCGGCGCUGCUGGCCGUGUGCGCGAACUCGUUCUUGUGGGUCCUGGCCGCUCUGUGGGCCGCCGCGCUGUCGAUCGCGACGCUCGUCGUGGAGCUCAUCCUGUUUCUGAAUGCCAAGGCCCGCUUCAGCCAAAUGUUUGAUCAGAUCGACGCCUUUGAUGAGUUCACGGUGAGUCUCGGCAAGGGCAACUGGAUCCAGGUCGCGGCGACAGCCGCCGCCAUCAUCGGCGCCGUGGUGGCACUCGUUGCCUUUAUUACGAACCACACGCACGCGGGCGAUGUGCCGCACACACCCGUAACGCCGCUUCCCAUGGCGUCGGCGCCAGCGACGUACACGCAUCGCGCGCCGACGCCGCUGCCGCCGCCUGCACCGGCCCACGAGACCAUGUACAUGCCGCCGCAGCCGCCGUACGAAUCGGCUAUGCAGCCACCGCUAAUCAACUCUACCGGCAUGGGACGCGCAUACGAGACGGACGUGCCGUACGAGAGCACGGCGGCGCCCAUGCUGAAUCGUCGCCCUGGCGAGCGUGUACGGACGCCCCACGAGAAGCGUGCGAGUCGGCACCACAGCGAGGGCCAUCGCCACAGCCGCCACAGGAGCGAUAUGGGCCACACUGACACGCUGCCACACCACGGCUUUGACUAUGACUACGACUACGACUACGAUGCAUACCCCGCACGGCGCAUAGACUCUGGCAAGACUUCGCAUGUGCGUCACCGCAGCACAGCAGGCCACUACAGCCGCGAUCGCAAGCACACAUAUGCAGACCGUGGCUCGCGAAUGUAUCCAGACGAUGUGUACGAGCGGCGCACGGCCAACGACGAGGCGCGCUGGCGGCGCCUCAGCAACAACCUGAGCUACUGA